GCCGAAUUUUAGCCGAGUGUCAUUUGCUUGCCACACUUUGCACGACUUUGUUGUCUUUCACAACUGUUUUUAAAUGAGAAAAAUUAAAAUUUUCAAUGGGCGUUCGUGGACUCGAGACAUUCCUGCAAAAGCAGGUACCGAACGGUACAUUUCCGAUAAAUAUUUUGGACGAAAUUGAUCGCAUGCGAAGUGAGCAUGCCGAUCAACCUGUUGUGUUGGUAUUCCAAGUGAUUGACCUUUUGUAUACCAUAUUCCUUAAUUUAAGUGCCACAGAAGUGGUAUGUGGACCGUCCUUUAAGAAAAUUCAUAAAAUUUUCGACGACUUUCUUCGGCAGCUUGCACGUUCUACCGAUGAAUUACAUUUUUUUGUAAACGAACCGGCAUACCACAAAGACCUAAAAGUCUGGUCCAAGAGAGAAUCUGAGCAAUAUUUAUCUCGAAUAGCCAUAAUCGACCAAGUGGAUUCAACUGGCGCGGCUGAAGAUAAAAUAAGAAAAGAACAAGGAGCUUCUGCAGCAUUGUACGACUUGCUCACAAUAUGCAAAACCUACGGUACGCUACAUACAUCCAUCGAUUCAAAAUACAUCGCAGACAUAGCCAAAUAUUCGCAUGAAAACAAUGCAAUGGCCAUUGUUGGAAAUAAUUCACAUUUCCUCAUUUUCAACGGUUCGUGGAGAUACUGGUCAUGCCGGGACAUCGAUUUAAUGAAAGGCAAUUGGACUACACUGGAGUUCAACAAAAAUGCUCUUUUGGAACACAUUGGCUUAAGUUGGCCACAAAUGCCAAUGUUUGCAUCGAUUCUUGGAAAUGAUUUCAUUCCUUUUGGGGCAUUGUACUCGUUUCACAAAAACAUUGAUGGCAGUCUCGACGGCAACAAACCCCUAAAAUUGGCCGAGUACGUUCAGCAAAUACCGAACACUAUGACAAACGAUGAAAAACGAGAUCUUUUGCUAGAUCUGUUCGGAUCAUGUGAGCCGCGUUAUUUUGAGAUGCUACGCGAUAGUUUGCUGUUUUAUGCAAUGAAAAAUGACGCCACUAAAGAUGAGGAUCCAUUGCUAAAACUUGCAGAGUCCAUUGGUGCCGUAUAUUACAAUUCAUUGAAAGAAAUGCCGAUCCGAGUUAAGGCGCCUACAUUUUAUGACUUGAGAAGAACCGACGUAUCACCGUACUAUGAGAUCGCAAUGCCCAUUCUCAAACGGCAAAUUGGUUUCGUUAGAAAUCAUAAGAAUGACAUCAAUUACCAGCAUGUUCUUGAAUUGCGACUGGGUCAUUCUGAGCCGAUCCGAUCUAUGCGCGUGACGCCUGACUACCCAUCAGUUGAGAUGCCUGAACUGUUGGAAUUAUCACUCAACCAAAAUGACGACAACCACAAUGAUGUUCGAUUCACGCUGUUGAAAUGGAUGAUAUUUGGUGACGACACUUUACCUGAAUUUGAGAUUCAAAAUAUUCCAAAAGGGUACAUGGUUACAGUCUUAACAGUGAUGUAUCUGUGUAAGCUGAAGCAACUGAGCCAGCUGGAAUCUAACGCCAUUAUGUUAGCAAUUCAUUUUUCCGAUGAAAAUGAAGAGUACACCGACGGUUUUGCUGUUCCAAGCAAUAUUUCUGCACGAGACGUAAUAUUGCUACAUUUGUACAUAUUUGUACAUAACAUGAUGGUCAAGUGUUUCGAAUUCCUUGGAUUGAAUGACUUUAUUGACUUUUUGUCGAUCGAUGGCGUAUACGUUGUUCACUGGGUGAAUAAAAUGAAAACUGACGGCGCCGACGACGAGACACUUUCUCAAAUUGAAUAUUUACGAGACUUUUUACGAUUCAUCUAACGUAUAAUACUUAUACAACGACUUCGAACGAGUUCCGCGUUCAUCUAUCGCAGUGCGAUUGCAUUUUGACUACUUUGAAUGAAAUGAAUUUUGUUUUCCCAUCUAUUUUCUAUCAAUAAAACUUUUCCACUCUU